GUAUUCUUUAGUCUGUGGUUAAUAUUUUGCUUACGAGUUAUGACAUUUAUUUUGUAAUUUGUUUUUUCUAUUGUAAUUUCUACUAAUACUAUAAUUAAAACGAUAAGAUUAUUUUUGAUUAACUUUCACAUCCAGGCGUAAACUUUUCUUUAAUAAGAUACUUUAUGAAUGACAGAGAAACUCAACAAUAACGAUAAAAAAAUGAAGGAAGGAGGAUAUUCCCUAUUUCAUCAAGAGUACAUAAUUAUGGCAGAAUACCGUAUGCUGCAAACAGAAAAUCUGCCUGGAAUUUAUGUAAUACCAUCCCACGAUAACUCAUUACUAUGGUAUGGAGUAAUAUUUGUAAGAAGUGGCUUAUAUGCUGGUGGUGUAUUUAGAUUUGUAUUAACCUUACCUGAAAAAUUCCCAGAUGAUUCUGUUCCUACUGUAAAAUUCACAUUAGAUAUAUUUCAUCCAGCAAUAGAUGCUUCAACUGGUAUCCUCAAUCUCUGUGAAGUUUUCCCUCUGUGGGACAGGAAACAAAACCAUAUUUGGCAAAUAUUGAAAUACUUACACUGGAUAUUUACUAAUUUAAAUAUGAAAUUUCCGGUUAACAAUGAGGCUUCUACACUAUUUAAGACAAACAGAAAACUAUUUAUUGAUAAGGUAAAAGAAUGCAUAGCAUCCAGUAUAGAACAUGUCUAUGAUUCUCCACCCACAGAAGAUAAGCAUUAUAUUACAUUUCAACCCUAUGAUCCUAACAUUCACGACUCUGCUAAAAAUGUCAUGUUAAAAGUGCCAGGUGGUAAUGAAAGUUCUCAUGGAGUAUCAUGGGUACAAUCUGGAUCAUAUCAAUCUUUCUCAAAAGAAGACACUCCUUAGAUUAUAUCAUAAUUUUUAAUUCAUGAUUUUUUAACUUACAAAAAAUAUACAAAUAGCCAUACUAUAUACCUGUGAUAUAUGAAAAAAACAGUAGAUGUACUCCACAUUACAGAUUUUGUUCUUAUUUGCAUAAGGAUUUUGACUUUUAAUAACAAUUAUAUAAAUUAUAACAAAACAAUGUUGUUACCUACCAUCUAUCAAGAACUAUAUUUUUAUCUAAGUAAAAGUGUAAUAUAAUAAUAUAUUACCUUGUUAAUAAAUACUUGCAAUGACUAAAA